AAUAAGAGAAAGCAACAAGUGAAUUCAGCCUAGAAUGAAACCACUUUUAGGCUUCAAAACUUUCACCGGUCUCUGACGACGACAACGGUAGCAUCAGGAUAUGAAGAAUGGAGAGCAGAAUCAGGUUUUUAUCUUUUUAAUUUCUUUGUGGAGCCUUUUGCUUUAAAUUUUGGCAUAGUUAAUCGAGAGCUUUUAGGAUUUGCUUCUUAAUGUUCAAUUAAACAAAUACUUUUAAGUUUUAUUUAAAAGUUUUAAUUAAAAAAAAGUCAAAAGACAAAUUGGUUGGGAAUCCAAUUGGCUACUGAUAUGUUUAUUUUUUCUUCAGAGAUUUUUACAUUGUAGGUCUUUAAUUAAGGAUUAUACUAAGUAAUAUUACCUUUGAAUUAUUUCAAAAUAACAGAUUUAUUAACUAUUAUAGCACAAAAUUGCUUACGUGUAAUAGAUGAUAGAUGUAGAAAGCAAUUAAUUAUCCUUAUAUUAAGGGAUCAAUUUAUUCCUUUUUCAAUCUCAUGAUUCUAAUAUUAGUAGUCUUCUUAAUGAGCAAUGAGCAAUAAAAUAGGAAAGGUGAGGUAGUGCUGCUCUUUAAAAAUGUUACAAAUGUUAAUAAAUAGCAGGCGCGUGUGCAACAACUUGGAAUCGAACCUCUGUGCCCAGCUGCUCCGUGUGAACACCCUACACUGCUGAUGUACCUGUCCAGAUGUUUCAAGAGUGUUCAAAACGUUAUAUCUAAUCAUAUGAGUAAUAUUUACCUAUAUACACUAUAAUUUUCCUGCGAAGGGUGUUCGCUUGAACACCCUUGCUAGGACGUAGCUCUGCGCUGCAUGAGGUCUCAGGUUCAAUUCCUAGCAGACACAAAAACAUUCGGUGAUUUCUUCCCGUUUGUUCUAGCCUUCCUGGAUAGAGGAGGUGGCUGGUAUCCAAUGGAAUUAGUUGAGGUGCGCCCAAGAAAAUCCUGACACCACAGUUAUUAAAACAAAAAAGAUUAAAGAGGUGUAAUGUACAAAAACGUGAUUGAUCCCAUGGAUGAUGUUUGAAUUGUCAACUUAUUGAAUAUAGAAAGAAACACUUUUUUUAGGAUGGAGCAAGAAGGAAAGUAAGACACUUAAAUUGAGACGGAGCGAGUAUUUCCUUGGAUUUUUCUAUUGAGGGUAAAAUUGGUACCUUAACUAUUUCAUACCAGUUUUUGGAUACUGCAAACUGCCUAAAAUGUCUUCUCCAAAUAAUUUUGGCGAAGAGUUUCUCUUUCUUGUGAUGUAGAAGAUGUCUUAGCUAUAUUCCAAUUCUUACUCUAUAUCCGGCACUUGGCCCAGAUCAGCAUCAAGGUGUGUGUUAACACAAAAGGAGUGAUAGUUUAGGUAGGUAAAUGAAGCAACGGUCAGUUGAGUUAUGAUAGGUGAUAGUUUAGGUAGGUAAAGUGAUGAUUUUCAUAUGCAAAUGGUUUCUUGAUUAUAACCCCUCUUAACUGAGAAACGGUAAUGGAAUAAGCUUCCUUUCCUUAGGUGACGAUCCCUAGUGAAGAUUUAUAUGCAUUUUGCGUUUAACAAUUUCAUAAAUCAAUUGUCAUCUUAGUUUUAGAGGAAAUAGGAUAGUGCAUCUUCAUGUUCCUUGUUACAGAAUGAUAAACAUUACCUGUUUCAAAUUUUGGAACCAUGAGUUUCCUGUGGAAUAUCCUGGAUAACUUGCAGAUGCAGAUUCAACAUUCUAGUGAUACAUAUGGGAGCUUUAUGAAAUGCCAAAUUAUGUCCUUAAGAUAUUUCUUACAUUGUUAAAAAAGUUUUGUAAAACUACCUGUUCAAUUUUAUUUUUUAAUUAUAAAACUUGUUCUGUUCAAAAAGAACCAAAAAACGAUCUUAGUUUUAUUGUCAUCUUCAUCAAUUCUGUGAGAACUCCAAUAGAGAUCUUGUUGCUUGGUGUCCUCAAAAAGCACAAAGAUCAAUAAGAGAGUGGAUAUCCCUGAGAUGUCUCAGAUGGCCAUUCAUCCUCGUCUCUUGAGCUUUAUUUUACCAGCAAUCUGCUAGGAAGGCCUUGUAAACAGAGAAAGAGAAGGAGAGCAGGCAGCAAGUAGAGUCUUCCCUGUCAAAAGUGGAGCAAUCACCGGCGAAAUCAAUGCAUGAUGCACUUUCUCCGUUGAUGAAGGCAUUGGUUGCAAAUGACCUCUUGAGGCAUUCUGAUCUUGAUGUGAAGGUCGCAGUUGCUUCUUGUAUAAGUGAGAUAACUAGAAUUACUGCACCAGACGCUCCUUAUGAUGAUGACAAAAUGAAGGAUAUCUUUCAAUUAAUUGUAUCAUCCUUUGAGAAUAUAAAUGACCAGUCCAGCAGAUCAUUUAAUAAGAGGGUGUUGAUCCUUGAGACAGUGGCCAAGGUCAGGUCAUGUGUUGUCAUGCUGGAUCUAGAAUGUGAUAGGCUCAUUACUGAGAUGUUUCAGCACUUUCUAAAAGCUAUAAGAGAGGAUCACUCUGAGAAUAUUUUCUCAUCCAUGGCAACAAUAAUGACUCUUGUGCUGGAAGAAAGUGAAGAAAUAUCCUUGGAAUUGCUCACCCCUCUAUUGGCUAGUGUUAAGAAGGACAAUGAGGAGGUUGCGCCAAUUGCUAAAAGGUUGGGAGAGACGGUUUUUGCAAACUGUGCAACGAAGCUUAGGCCUUACUUGCCGCAAGCGGUAGAAUCAUUGCAAAUCUCUUUAAAUGAGUACAAUAAAAUUGUUACUUCAGUGUUGGAAGGGACUCUUCCAACUGUUGAUGGUAUCAAUGAUAGUGCUCCUAAGGACCAAUUGGUCACUGAGAGCAAGUUGGCUGAACUUCUAGAGGCUGGUCAGGCAACUCAGGUUGGUGGGGGCAAAGUCGCUACAGCAUCUUCAGAUGAAGCAGGCCAGAUGGCUGAGAGCGCAAGGGAGGAGGCAUGUUCGGAAGAUAUUGACCCUGCUGUUAAUAGAUCUCCCAAAUCAAUCACAAGUAAUGGUGUUGGUCUGGAGAAUGUGGGAUCGGCUGCUGAAACACAAUCGUUGAUGAAGGCUGGAGAUAAUGAUGGGGCGGAUCUGCAUGGUGCUUCAAAGAUACCAUCCAAAUCUGAAUCUGAUGAUUCAAGGGUUGAAAAAUCUACAAAGUCAGAGCCCAAGUCAGAACAAACUGCUAACAAAAAAGGAAGGAAGACAAACUCUUCAAUAAACUCUGCAGAAUCUUCUCACCAAGCUCCUGACGACAGUGAAAAAGAAGCUGAGAAGCUUCAAGAUCAUCAGAAUGAUAGAGACAAAGAUGAUCAAAGUUCGGCUUCUGAAGAUCCAGCGGUUGAGCAGUCUAAAUCUUUGGAGAAGGAACCAGAAACUACUCUUCAACACUCUGCACCCAAAGAAUCUGAGGUGGAAGCUGUGAAUGUUGCAACUUCAUCCCCAGGUCCUGAUGAGAGUGCACCAAAGAAGGUUGGUCGGGCAAAAGAGGACAGCUUAAAUCAAGAAGAGUGUGUGUCUAAGGAGGAGGAAUCUGAAGCUACAAGUGACUUGGAAGUUAAGCAGGAGAGACGACCUUUGAAGAAAACUCCUUUAGAGCCUUGUCGCAAGGAGAAAAGUGGAUCAACUGGUGAUGCAGAGACUAAAAAGCAGAAGCAAUCGGGUAAGAAGAUUGAUACCAAGAAUAAGAGUCGUGUUGGUCAAUCUGCGAGAAAUAAAGAAGAUGGCAAAAAGCGUGGACAUGGAAAAGCUAGUGUGGAGAUAGUGCCUUCACAAGAGUCUCCUGAUCACUCUGCUAAACAUGAUGAUGAUGUUAAUGAAGAGGAAAUUCCCAGGGCGACUGCUAAAAGAAAACGUUCUUCUUCAGGCAAGGGCAGGGAGAGAGUGCCUCCACCAGUGUCUCCCGAUAACUCUGCUAAACAUGAAAGUGAUGAGGAGGAAACACCCAUGGCUAGUGCAAAGAGAAAGCGUUCUUCUUCAGGCAAGGGCAGGGAGAGUGUGCCUACAGCAGUGUCUCCCGAUAACUCUGCUAAACAUGAAAGUGAUGAGGAGGAAACACCCCUGACAAGUGCAAAGAGAAAGCGUUCUUCAGUCAAGGUCAGGGAGAGAGUGCCUAAACCAGAGUCUCCCGAUAACUCUGCUAAACAUGAAAGUGAUGAGGAGGAAACACCCAUGACAAGUGCAAAGAGUAAGCGUUCUUCAGGCAAGGACAGGGUAACAGAGACUACGCGAUAUGAUGAGAACCUGGUUGGUAAAAAAAUCAAAGUUUUGUGGCCAUUGGAUGAUGUAUAUUAUGAAGGCAUUGUUAGCAAGUUUGAUUCUGCCAAGAAGAAGUUCACAGUUCACUACAUUGAUGGAGAGGUGGAAGUAUUAAAUCUCGAGAAGGAACGGUGGGAACUUGUUGGAGAUGAUAAUAUGUCAGAAGAGGAGCAAGUAGCAGGUGUUGAUGCAGCUUCUGACAGGCAUAAGAAGAAAAAACUUAGAAAUGCUGAACCAUCAGCGAAGCACAAAAAAAUGGAGGCUUCAUCCAAAAGCAAGUCAAAAGAGACAACAAAAAAAUCUGGACAGAAAUCCAAGGGUAAGCUCAACAUGAAAGAUGGCACCUCAAAAUCUGGCGGGAGAACUGACGACACACCCGGCAGUAAGUCUGGGGUCCAUCCUAAAAGGAGCACUGGCAAAUCUGUUGAUACUGAAAAGCCAUCUGCCAGGUCUAAAGAUGUUAGUAGUGGUACUCCCAAAUCCAAGUCCAGGCAAGAUACCCCAUCAACGAGUGCCAGCAAGUCCAAGCAGGAAACUGUUAAAGCUGUCAUGAAGUCCAAAAGUAAUACUUCUCAAAGUGGCGGUAAGGCCAGUGCCAAUGGCAAGGAGAAGCUAAAAUCUAGUUCGUCAAAGGUUAAAGAAAGUGGGCACCUGAAGGAAAAAGCUAUUAACUCAGCAAAAACCCCUGAUAGCAGCAAAGAGAAAUUCUCUAGUGCAUCGAAGGAACGAGAAAAUGAGUCCAAGAGCGGAAAGAAGCGAGGGAGAGGAAAAAAUUGAUUAUUUGUUGCACAUCUGGUGAUAGUGGAGCUUCUCUUUUAGUGCCUAUGGCACAUUCAUGCACCCGUUGCGGCUCAUGGUGUCUAUUAUUUGCUAUCUGGCACAAUGUAGAGGCGCAGCUUGCAACUGUCUUAGGUUCUUAGUUAUGGUUGUACUAGGUCGCUGGGUAGUUUUGUCAGUUUAAAGCAUAUUGGUAGAUGUAAUUGGUUAGAUUUAUCAUUUUGGUUGCUAGUUGGAUUCACUUUCUAUUACUUUUAUAACUCUGUAGCAUAGGAAGAAGAUGUCCUGUCGAUGAGGAGUUUAUGGAUGUGUAAGUUAGAUCAUUAAUUACUAGUUUUUGUCCUUGUAGCUGGCAAAUCAGGCUCUACCUGUAUGUUUGGAAGUCAAAUUCAUACCUUAUCAGAUAUUACUCGGUUUGCUUGCUGGA